AUGGGAGAAAUGAAUUUCUUUCUGGGAUUACAAGUAAAGCAGACCAAAGAAUGGAUACUGAUCAAUCAGUCAAAGUAUGCCAAGGAACUGAUCAGCAAGUUUGUGAUUCAACACAUGAAGUCAGUGAAGAUUCCAAUGAACACCAACUUAAAAGUGGAUCCAGAAAAUGAAGAAAAAUCUGUAUCUUCAACUAAAUGCAGAGAAAUCAUUGGUUCACUACUUUAUUUGACUGCUAGCAGACCAAACAUAGCAUUUGCAGUCGGAGUUUGUGCAAGAUAUCGGUCAGAUCCAAAAGAAGCUCAUAUGGAUGUUGCAAAGCACAUUGUAAGAUAUCUCAAAGGCACACCCAAUAUAGGUCUUCGGUAUCCAGCUGACGACAACUUCAAGCUUUUGGGAUACUCAGACUCAGAUUUUGCAGGAUGCAAAAUUGAUAGGAAAUCAACUUCCGGGACCUGUCAAUUCUUAGGCAACAAGCUUAUUUCAUGGUUUUCAAAGAAACAGACUUCAGUCGCCACCUCUACAACUUAA